AUGGAACGCGAUGAGGGAAAACAAUCUUCUCAAAAGAAUCCAUACACAGAACUUGGGGAAGUUAGCUCUGACUUUCUUCUAGCAAUUGGCUUGCAAGAACAAGAGUUAGAGAGACCAACAGUCACAAAUCUAGCAACCAUUGAAAGUGAAAGUGAAGAAGAAGAAGAAGAUUUAUCAAGUGACUCUUCUUUUAUUAAUGAUGAUGAAAUUGGUGAUGCUGAUUUUACUUUGAGCCAAGAGUUCGAAACGGAUCUUCGGUUUCUUGAAGACGAAGAAAGCAAUAUCGAUGACGACGAGGACGAGGACUACGACGAGGAUGAAAUGGAUAUAGAAGAAGAUGAAGUUGAUCCAGAUGAGUUAUCUUAUGAAGAGUUGCUAGAGUUAGGAGAGUUUAUAGGAGAAGAAGCAAGAGGAUUAUCAAGAAAGGAAAUUUCUACUUGCUUAAAUCCUUAUACUUGCAAAACUUCUGAAAGCAAAAGUGGAAUAGAUCUUUGUGUGAUUUGUCAGAUUGAGUAUGAAGAAGGUGAAGCUUUGGUUACACUUCAUUGUGAUCAUCCUUAUCAUAAAGAUUGCAUAAGCAAGUGGCUUCAAAUUAAGAAGGUUUGUCCAAUUUGUAGCAAUGAAGCAUCAACUCCAAACAAGGCUAAGAACACUUGA